AUGCAGGUUAAUAUACUAGACAGUCUUUUUGCAGAAAAGAAGCCCAAGUUCAUGCAGAUUUCUGAAUUUGUAUUUCUUGGUGACUUUCAGUAUAUAAUCAACGGAAGCUCCCCGGUGUCUCUUGAAGAGGUGGCCAUGUUCUUCACGGAGGAGGAAUGGGCCCUGCUGGAUCCAGGCCAAAGAAAACUCUUCUGGGAAGUGAUGGAGGAAACGUAUGAGAUGGCCGCCUCUCUGAGAGACUACAUUUCCCAGGAGGACUUGCGAGCGCCAGAGAGAUCAGCCCUGCCUUUCCUAGGUGCCCUGGGGGCAGUUUUCCCUCCAGAUGGAAAUAAAAAUAUAUGGAGUAUGCCCUUCCCCGGGGCCUCUCUCCUUUCGUGCUUCCCCUGGCUGGAGGGAGAACUUGGCCUUUGCUCGUCUGCAGGAAAGAGCUCUCCCGUGUCCUUUGCGGGGGUUGCCGUCUUCUUCACAGAAGAGGAAUGGGCCCUUCUGGAUCCAGGCCAAAGAAAACUCUACUGGGCUGUUAUGGAGGAAAUGUUGGAGACCGCGGCCUCUCUGGUUGCAGAUGUGUUUGAGAAGAAAUCAGGAGGGAGAGUUGUGGGAAAAGACAACAACAUACAAGUGGAAGCACAAUCUGGGGGUCAAGCGGUACCCAAGAGACAUUGCAGAAAGAACAGGGAACAAAGACAGAAGCAAAGGAAAGAAUUGGAGGCCUGUCAGAGCAGAAAGAAGCCUGAGGUCUCAGCCCAAGAUGAAACACAGAAGAGAAAGGAAAGGUCUAAUGGUACCAUGAACCAGAAGGGGUCCAGCUGCCAAUUCAGUACUAAAACAUCUCAGAAAGUUCCAGCAUUCUUGAAUAGGCAUAAAUGUGUGGAAUGUGGAAAGUGCUUCCAUUGGAGUAGCUCACUAAUUGUCCAUCAAAGGGUUCACACAGGGGAGAAGCCGUAUAAAUGCUUGGAGUGUGGAAAGUGCUUCUCUUAUUAUAGCAACCUAAAAGCACAUCAAAAUAUUCAUACUGGGGAGAAACCAUAUAAAUGCUUGGAGUGUGGAAAGUGCUUCUCUCAAAGCAGCCAAUAUAGGAGACAUCAAAAGUAUCACACAGGAGAGAAGCCAUACAAAUGUUCACAGUGUGGAAAGUGCUAUUCCCAGAUUAGCCACCUAAGAAUACAUCAAAAGAGUCAUACUUGGGAGAAGGCAUAUAAAUGCUUGGAGUGUGGAAAGUGCUUCUCUCUCAGUGGCAGCCUAACUGCACAUAAGAAGAUUCAUACUGGGGAGAAGGCAUUCAAAUGCUUAGAGUGUGGAAAGAGUUUCUCUCGGAAUGGCCAACUAAGGUCACAUCAAAAGAUUCAUACUAGGGAGAAGCCACAUAAAUGCUUGGAAUGUGGGAAGUGCUUCUCUCAGAAUGGCACCCUAAAAGCACAUCAAAAGAGCCAUACAGGGGAGAAGCCAUAUAAAUGCUUGGAGUGUGGAAAGCGAUUCUCCCGGAAUGGCGGCUUGACUGCACAUAAGAAGAUUCAUACUGCGGAGAAGCCAUUCAAAUGCUUAGAGUGUGGAAAAUGCUUCUCUCUCAAUGGCAGCCUAACUGCACAUCAAAAGAUUCAUACUGGGGAGAAGCCAUAUAAAUGCUUGGAGUGUGGAAAGCGCUUCUCCCGGAAUAUCGGCUUGACUAUACAUCAAAAUAUUCAUACUGGGGAGAAGCCAUUCAAAUGUUUUGAGUGUGGAAAGUGCUUCUCUCUCAAUUGCAACCUAACUGCACAUAAGAAGAUUCAUACUGGGGAGAAGUCAUUCAAAUGCUUGGAUUGCAGAAAAUGCUUCUCUUGGAAUAGCACCCUAAAAGAACAUAAAAAGAUACAUACUGGGGAGAAGCCAUUUAAAUGCUUGGAAUGUGGGAAGAGCUUCUCUCGGAAUGGCCAACUAAGGUCACAUCAAAAGAUUCAUACUGGGGAGGAGCCAUUCAAAUGCUUGGAAUGUGGAAAGUGCUUCUCUCAGUAUAAUACCCUAAAAACACAUGAAAAGAUUCAUACUGGGGAGAAGCCAUAUAAAUGCUUUGAGUGUGGAAAGUGCUUCUCCCAGACUGGCACCUUGACUGCACAUCAAAAGAUUCAUACUGGGAAGAAGCCAUUCAAAUGCUUAGAGUGUGGAAAGUGCUUCUCUCUCAAUGGCAGCCUAACUGCACAUAAGAAGAUUCAUACUGGGGAGAAGCCAUUCAAAUGCUUAAAGUGUGGAAAGUGCUUCUCUCUCAAUUGCAGCCUAACUGCACAUCAAAAGAUUCAUACUAGGGAGAAGCCAUUUAAGUGCUUGGAGUGUGGGAAGUGCUUCUCCUUUAAUGGCAGCCUAACAGCACAUCAUAAGAUUCAUACAGGGGAGAAACCACAUAAAUGCUUGGAGUGUGGGAAGUGCUUCUCCUUUAGUGGCAGCCUAAGAGCACAUCAAAAGAUUCAUACAGGGGAGAAACCACAUAAAUGCUUGGAGUGUGGGAAGUGCUUCUCCUUUAAUGGCAACCUAAGAGUACAUCAAAAGAUUCAUACUGGGGAGAAGCCAUAUAAAUGUUUUGAGUGUGGAAAGUGUUUCUCCCAGACUGGCUCCUUGACAGCACAUCAAAAGAUUCAUACUGGGGAGAAGCCAUUCAAAUGUUUUGAGUGUGGAAAGUGCUUCUCUCUCAAUUGCAACCUAACUGCACAUAAGAAGAUUCAUACUGGGAAGAAGCCAUACAAAUGCUUGGAGUGUGGAAAGUGCUUUUCUCGGAAUGACCACCUAACUACACACCAAAGGUUUCAUACUGGGGAGAAGCCAUAUAAAUGCGUUGAGUGUGGAAAGUGCUUCUCCCAGAUAGGCGGCUUGACUGUACAUCAAAAGAUUCAUACUGGGGAGAAGCCAUAUAAAUGCUUUGAGUGUGGAAAGUGCUUCUCUCUCAAUUGCAGCCUAACUGCACAUCAAAAGAUUCAUACUGGGGAGACGCCAUUUAAAUGCUUAGAGUGCGGAAAGUACUUCUCUCGAAAUUACACCUUAAGAGCACAUCAGAAGAUUCAUACUGGGGAGAAGCCAUAUAAAUGCUUUGAGUGUGGAAAGUGCUUCUCCCAGACUGGCAGCCUAACUGCACAUAAGAAGAUUCAUAUUGGGGAGAAGCCAUAUAAAUGCUUUGAGUGUGGAAAGUGCUUCUUCCAGACUGGCAGCCUAACUGCACAUCAAAAAAUUCAUAUCGGGGAGAAGCCAUUCAAAUGCUUGGAGUGUGGAAAGUGCUUCUCUCGGAAUGACACCCUAAGAACACAUCAGAAGGUUCAUACUGGGGAGAAGCCAUAUAAAUGCUUUGAGUGUGGAAAGUGCUUCUCCCAAAGUGGCCACCUAAGGUCACAUCAAAAGUUUCAUACUGGUGAGAAGCCUUUUAAAUGCUUGGAGUGCGGAAAGUGCUUCUUCCAGAAUGGCAGACUGGCUGCACAUCAAAAGAUUCAUACUGAAGGGAAGCCAUAUAAAUGCUUAGAGUGUGGAAAGUGCUUCUCGGAAUGA